AUGUUUCCAUUCGAUCCAAGAGAACGUGUUAAGAAUACUGUAUUCUUUGAGGGAUUUGGGAAUUUGAGAAAGAUUUGGGGAAAGGAUCAGUGUGAAAAACCGUUCAAAUGCGAGCACUCCGGCUGUGACCGUCGCUUUGCCAACUCAUCCGACCGCAAAAAGCACUCGCACGUCCACACGUCCGACAAGCCAUACAAUUGUCGUGUCGGAGGCUGCGACAAGAGCUAUACACAUCCUAGUUCCUUAAGGAAACACAUGAAAGUACAUGGCAUGAGCAAUUGUUGCCCCGAUGGAACCACAAAUGGCACAGGCGCCGGCUCUGGAAACAACCGAACUGGUUACGAUAGCGAAGGUGAAGAUUCCACGUCCUCCGUGGGAUCCUUAUCAGGACACCAGACCAGCAGCCACAUUGGCGGUCAUCAGCCUCAAGCUCAGCCAACCACCAACCACAUCCAUUUGAACAAUCAGAAGAACAUAAGUCCUCCUCUGGCAAGACAAUGUUCCCCACUAGUCACAGUGAACAACCAAAAGAGCGAAUGGUACACACAUGAGCCAUCUCUUGGCAAUCACCACGCAUUUGACCACCAUUUCAACCAUCAUUUGAGCCCGCUGAAUCAUCAUUUGAAUCUUAAUCAUCAUCAUUUGAUGAUGAACCAUCACCACACAGGUGCCGCAACGGCAUAUUGACAUUAGUGAAUAGAGGUGAUUUUAGUGUAAAUAUUGUAAAAAGUAGGAUAACAAUUUCUCUGUAUUACUUGAAGCUAUUGAUUUUAAUUAGAACAGUUUUAAGCAUUUUAUAAACAUCGAAGAAGACAUUCAGA